UGAUGGCGGGAUCUUGUGAGAUCAGCAACAUCUUCUCUAACUACAUCAGUGCUAUGUACCAGCCGGACGAAGUGCAGCCAACCCUGGACAUGCUGGGACACCUCGGGGACGACAGCACACUGGGGCUGAGCCUCCCCACUAGCCAGCCCCUGGCACAGAGCACAGACAAGCCGGAGUGGUUCAGUGAGCUUCCGUACUUCUGGACCAAGGUGCAGGUGCUGGAGUGGAUCAGCUACCAUGUGGAGAAGAACAAGUAUGAUGCCAGCUCCAUCGACUUCUCCUGCUGCAACAUGGAUGGGCACGCACUCUGCCACUGCACCAGGGACCAGAUGCGCCUCAUCUUUGGGCCCCUGGGGGAUGAACUCUACGACCGCCUGCAUGAGAUCACGUCUGACGAACUGAACUGGAUCAUUGACUUGCUGGAAAAAGAGGAUGUGACUUCCCAAGAGACCUUCCUGGACUCUAGCCACCUGGAGCUGGGAAAUCUCUGUGCCAAUGACUCCCUGGAGGACAUGAAGCCCACAAACCCCUUCCUAUCCACAGACUUCACCUGCAUGGCUGGUGCCAUGUCCCCAGGCAGCUCUGAUGUCUCAGGGCCUGUGAUGUCUCACAGCCCCAACUCCCAGGACUCCGGUGGAAGUGACCUUGACCUCGACCCUGUGGAAGCAAAGCUCUUCCCUGACAAUGGCUUUGCAGGGAGCAAGAAAGGGGACAGCAAACAUGGCAAGCGGAAACGGGGACGACCCCGAAAACUCAGCAAGGAGAGCAGAGACUGCUUGGAGAGCCGGAAGAGCAAGCACUCCCCAAGAGGUACCCACCUGUGGGAAUUCAUCCGGGACAUCCUGAUCCACCCAGAGCUGAAUGAGGGGCUGAUGAAGUGGGAGGACCGGCGGGAGGGCGUCUUCAAGUUCCUGCGCUCGGAGGCAGUGGCUCAGCUCUGGGGCCAGAAGAAGAAAAACAGCAGCAUGACCUACGAGAAGCUGAGCCGAGCCAUGCGGUAUUACUACAAACGAGAGAUCCUGGAGAGAGUCGAUGGGCGACGGCUGGUAUACAAGUUUGGGAAGAACUCCAGUGGCUGGAAGGAGGAGGAGGUGCUCAACAGGAACAAGGAGCUGUAG